AUGACGAUGCACGCAAAUGGCUCCUUCUCAGCAGAAGAAGAGUAUUUCAACACAACCGAAGCACCUGCCGGUGUCGAGGAGUACGCUGCAAAGACUCAUGAUUUUGUAGUAUUCCAUCAAAAGGCUGGAAGGAGAAUCGUACUAGUCACCAGUGGAGGCACUACAGUCCCACUGGAGAAUCAAACCGUGCGGUUUAUAGACAACUUUAGUGCUGGAACUAGAGGUGCUACUUCUGCCGAAUACUUUAUGGAAAAGGGCUAUGCCGUCAUAUUCAUGCAUAGGCAGUUCAGUCUCCAACCAUAUAGUCGCCAUUACUCGCACUCAAAGAACUGCUUUCUCGACUUUUUGCAAGUCGACGAGACUGGUGGCAUUGCUGUUACGCCAGAGUAUGUGCCAAAGAUGAAGAAUGUCUUACUCAAAUACCAAGAGGUCCGAAAGAACAACCUGCUCCUCAAUAUUGAAUUCAUCACCGUACGGGACUACUUGUUCCUACUCAGAAGGAUUACGCAGAUAGUAGCAUUGGCUCGUGAGAAUGCCAUGUAUUAUUUGGCUGCUGCUGUCAGUGACUUCUACAUUCCUGCCUCGAAAAUGGUCGAACACAAGAUACAGUCAGGAGAUGGUGCACUGUCACUGCAACUGGAACAAGUGCCAAAGAUCAUCAAACCACUCGUUAAAGAGUGGGCGACUCGAGGGUUGAUCAUCUCCUUCAAGCUGGAAACAGAUCCAGACAUCCUAGAAGAGAAAGCUCGUCGAGCACUUAUACGAUAUGGACAUCAAAUCGUCAUUGGAAACAUCCUGGCCACGAGAAAGAACAUCGUCCAUUUGAUAACCAAGGACGAUCGAGUGGAUAUACGCCUGUCUCCUGAAGAGGCCAAACAGGAUGUUGAGAUUGAGAGUAAGAUUAUACCAGAAUUGGUGGAAAGGCAUACCAGAUGGAUUGAGUCCUUGAAGGACGACAGUAAUGGGCAUUUGAUGCCUUGA